AAAAAUUGUUAUAUUCUUUAAAUGAUACUGAUAAGAAAGAUUUACAUGAAGCAUUACUAAAUAGUAGAGAGAUUUGUAACAAUAAGAAAUUAGAAAGAUUUAUCAUUUAUAAAGAUAGGAGGUUGAAAGAUUAUAUGAGUCCAUGGAUGGUUCUUCAUUAUCUUAUUGAAGAAAUCUUAAAACCUAAAGAUUAU